AUGGCUAGCACCGAGCUCGUCGAUCACUCCCCGAAUCACCCCACCAAGGCCCAACGCCUCGAUAACGCUUCCAACGUCGUCUUGAUUGACAACUACGACUCCUUCACGUGGAACAUUUAUCAAUAUCUCAUCUUAGAGGGUGCGACAGUGACAGUUUUCAGAAAUGAUGUCAUCUCCCUCGAGGAACUUAUCGCGAAGAAGCCUACCCAGCUGGUCAUUAGUCCUGGCCCUGGCCACCCGAAUACUGACUCCGGAAUAAGUAAAGAGGCAAUUCAGUACUUUGCGGGAAAGAUACCGGUUUUCGGGGUUUGUAUGGGCGAGCAGUGUAUAAUAUCGUCGUUUGGAGGCGAAGUUGAAGUUACUGGAGAGAUUUUACAUGGGAAAACGUCUCCGUUGAAACACGACGGGAAAGGUGUCUAUGCUACACUCCCGCCCAAUUUGGCAGUGACGAGAUACCAUUCUCUGGCGGGAACCCCCCAAACUGUUCCUGAAUGCUUGGAGGUGACAUCGUGGACGGAAUGCGAAAAUCGUGGUGGUCGGGGGAUCAUUAUGGGCGUCAGGCAUAAGAAAUUGACAGUCGAAGGAGUUCAAUUCCACCCUGAGAGCAUAUUAACCGAGCAUGGACGCACAAUGUUUCGGAACUUUUUGAAGUGGAAAGGCGGUACUUGGGAGGAAGCUCUGUCCAGUACGAAGAGCCAAUCUACUGCAGCUAGCGAACCGACUACCUCGAAACAGAUGUCAAUCUUGGAAAAGAUAUAUGCCCAUCGCAAAGCUGCUGUAGAUUUACAGAAGGCGAUCCCUUCUCAGCGGCCUGCAGAUCUUCAAGCAGCAUACGAUCUUGGUAUUGCGCCGCCACAAAUUUCUUUCCCCAGUCGAUUAAGGGAUUCACCGUUUUCACUGGCUCUAAUGGCCGAAAUAAAAAGAGCCUCGCCUUCUAAAGGAAUAAUAUCUUCCUCCACGUCCGCACCAUCCCAAGCCAGAAAAUAUGCCAUGGCUGGCGCAAGUGUGAUAUCAGUCCUCACCGAGCCAGAAUGGUUUAAAGGAAGUAUCGAAGAUUUGCGAGCAGUGCGACAAAGUCUGGAGGGUUUACCAAAUCGCCCAGCCGUUCUGCGAAAGGAAUUUAUAUUUGACGAAUAUCAAAUUCUCGAAGCCCGACUUGCUGGUGCUGAUACCGUUCUUCUCAUAGUCAAAAUGCUUCCCGUUGACCUCUUGACUCACCUUUACGAAUACUCCUGUAAAUUGGGUAUGGAGCCGCUUGUCGAAGUUAAUACUGCUGAAGAGAUGGCCAUUGCCGUUAAACUCGGAGCCCGUGUAAUUGGUGUUAAUAAUCGCGAUCUUACAAGCUUUGAGGUCGAUCUGGGGACUACAAGUCGUUUAAUGGACCAAGUAUCGGAUUCCACGAUUGUUUGUGCGCUUAGUGGCAUAUCUGGCCCUAAGGAUGUCGAAGCAUAUCGUGCAAACGGCGUCAAGGCGGUUCUUGUUGGUGAGGCUCUUAUGCGAGCAGAAGACACUAGCGCCUUCGUGCAGAAUCUCCUGGGGCCUGAGAUUCAAUUAAGCCCCAAUUCUCUGCCGUGUUCACCACCCCUUGUCAAAAUUUGCGGAACUCGCUCUGGGGAUGCUGCACGUGCCGCCAUUGAAGCCGGCGCAGAUCUUGUGGGUAUAAUCCUUGCACAGGGACGCACGAGGACGGUACCCGACGAGGUUGCCCUGGAAAUCUCGAAGGUCGUUAAAACAACACCACGUCCUUCGCUGUUGGAUAAUUACAUCCGGCAAGCCCCAUCUUCGCAGACUGGCCUGGAUUAUUUUGAUAAUGGCUGUCGAUUACUGCGGCAUCCAUCUCGCGCGCUUCUAGUGGGCGUUUUCGCAAACCAACCGCUCUCCUACAUUAUCUCUCAACAGCAAAAGCUUGGGCUUGACAUUAUUCAACUUCACGGAUCUGAACCUAUCGAGUGGGCAAGGCUAAUUCCCGUGCCGGUUAUCAAAAAGUUUUCUCCUGAAGAUAAGGAUAUUACUAAGCGUGCCUACCAUGCCCUUCCCCUGUUGGACUCUGGGGUUGGGGGAACGGGAGAGAGACUCUCGUUACCUGCAGUGGAAGAAGCCCUCGAACGAGAUGACGGCCUUCGGAUAAUACUUGCUGGUGGUCUGAAUCCUGAAAACCUUGUUUCCACUGUUAAAGCCCUCGGCGAACAAAGCCGGAAGGUGGUGGGUGUCGAUGUCAGUAGCGGUGUCGAGGUAGACGGAAGUCAAGAUCUGGGGAAGAUCAGAGCUUUUGUGGCCGCGGCGAAAGGCUUGUGA